CCACCAGGCCUGUGCAGCUCCAGGGGUAGGUGCAGCCAGCUGCCAGGUGAGGGGCUGGUGGAGGCUUGAGGCACGCUUGCUCCCCAGGUGUCUGAGUCAAGCGGAUCUGACCGAAGUGGCUGCUGGUGCUGGGCCAGGGAGCCUGAGUCAGUCCCUAGAAAGCUGAGACAAGAGAAGGCUAUAAAACUGAGGGCUGGGAGUAGAGUAGGGCCAGGAAGCCCUACUGGCUUCUAAGCCCACCUGGCUCUCUAAGUCUUAGUACCGCCCUCAACAGCCAGGUCAGAGUCAGACUCACGGCCCUCUGUCGCUACUUGUGGAACACCUAUUGUGUGUCAGGCCCAGGUAGAGCCCUUCUUGGGGAAGCCCUAGUGAGAACCUACCCUCCCUGACCUGUUGAAGAAACUUGACCCCUCUGGGUGGGUCUUACUAGAGCAAAGGUGACCAAACCAUCCUUACGGGAAAAGUCCAGAAGUGACGACAGAGGUGAGCCCAUCUAUGGUCUCACUGAGCAAGGGAGGGCACAUCACACUUGGAAAGUGUAUUUGAACUUGGUGGUGCCCAGGGCAGUAAGACUGUUCUUGUGGAAAUGCAGGGAAGAGAGCCCAAGGAGAGAAGAAUCAGAGGGUCAAGGAAGGGCAUGCCGGGAGGACAGGUAGCCCAGACUUCAUUCCCACCUCUGCCCUUGGACAAGCUAUCUAGCUGUCUGAUCACCAGCUGCCUCCUUCCUAGAACAGGACUAGAGGAUCUGCUUCUUCAUAGGCUUGUCCCGAUGGUUAAGUCUGAUGCUGCGGAGGAAGGACCCAAGACAGUGCUGGGGACUCAGAAAGUGCUCCACAGUGAUAGCAAUCCUCAUGAGCAAAAAAGAGAGAAAAUAUUAGUCUCAUUCAUGAACUAUCGGGCAAGUCAAUGGGCCUAUAGCACAAGGGGAUAAAAAUGAAAAUUAAUGAAGGGCCUUGAAUGGCAGGCUAAGAAAAUAUGGAAUUUAUUCUGUAUGCAGACACUGACUUUAAGCGUAGACUUGACAUUUGACGUCUUCAGAGUUUCAUUUACAGAACUGAGGGUCUUUGUAUACAGCGGUGAGGAAGGGAGCCUCAGAAAGAUAAGAAGGUAGUGAAAUAUCUCAGGUAAGAGAUUACCAAGUUCUGAAUUUGAGCGACUUUAAUGAUUAGGGAAAUAAAAAGAAGUACAUGCAUGAAGGACACGUCAAAGGGAUAAUUAGCAGGGUUCAGAUGGACAAACAUUGAACAUCUCUGGGGGUUGGAGGGUAUAUGAGAGGAAAGAACAAAAAAUGACUGGAGCUUGGAUGAUUGUAGGAAGGGUGGUGAUGUUAUCCAGGGGACAUAGGAAAGGAAAUGCUUUGAGAAGAGAUGUCAGUGUUCCCUCUGAGAUUCCUGGGAGCAAUCAGUAGAACAUCCAGCUAAAAAAUGUCUACUAGGCCUUGGAAACUAAAGCUCAGAUAAUAUUUGGGGGCUGGAAUGUAGGUUUGGGCAUCAUCUCUAGAGAGUUUUCACUAGAAGCGGAUGAGGUCAGUAAGGAAACAAGUCCACAGAAGGAGAGAGAAGGGGGCGAGUGUGCAGCUGGGAAGGAGACCUCCCCCAGACGAUCCCUGGUCUCCGACUCGCCUGUGGGAACCCCCAGCCCUUCCACAUUCCAAUCCCAAUAACCAGAACCAGUCACCGGAAUCACAGCCGCCUUCCCAGAGUCCAGCCUUCUAGGAAGGCCCGGAGGUUCUGAGCCAGGAGUCCCUCACAUGAGCAUCUCUCCACACAGAUAAUAAGGAUAGUGAGCCCCUCAUAGUGGACGGAGGGUAUCGUUUGUUAAAUAUUUUUCCAUAUUAUCUUAUGGUUUGCUUCCCACCAUGAUCCUGUGAGGUAGAUGUCGCCAUUACAUUUUGACAUUUGAAGGCAAAUUGGGCUUUGGGGGUGGGGAGUGGUAGACGCCUUGUCUGAGGACUUAGAGGAGGCAAAUCUGGCACCAGAGCUGGGCUUUUCUGAUUCCUGGCCUGUGGGCCACCUCUCUGCUCCCUCCCUCCCUGUACAUUGUGCCUUUGGGCUCCUGGUCCAAUUUCUGCCGGCACUCAGCCUGGCAGCAAGGAAGGCAAUUCAGCAAUACCUCCCAAACUGGCCCAACCACAGGACCUUCCUGAUGCUUAUUGAAAAUCCAGAUUCCACCCUUGGAGAGUCUUUGGUCUGUUGUAGCCUGAAUCCCAACCACUGCUCACCUCUGUUGCCCCGCCCCAACCCAGACAGGCAGCACCUGUCCUUCUAGGCUGCCUCAGUUGCCCCCUGUUGUCCUCGCUUCUGCUUGCUUUCCUAAAGUCUGUUCUUCAGACUCACCCUUUCAGAAUAUUUAUUUUUUUAAUGUUUAUUCAUUUUUUAGAGGGGGGGGGAGACAGAGGAUCUGAAGCAGGCUCUCUGCUGUCGAACCCACGAACAUGAGAUCAUGACCUGGGCAGAUGUCGGUCACUUAACCAACUGAGCCAUCCAGACACCCCAUCCUUUCAGAAUACUUAACUCUCUUGCUCAAAAUCCUUUACUGCCUGUGACAAAACCCAAAGUCUUCUACCUGGCCCCCAUUUCUAUGAAACUCAUUUUCUCCUUCCUGUCUCCCUCCUUCUUUCCGCACCAGCCACACAAGACUCUGGACCCCAAGCACUCUCCUGCCCCAGAGUCUCAUGCCUGUAUUCCUUCUUUUUGGAGCAUUCCUACUCCAUCAAGUCAUAGGACUCUCUCUCCCACUUGUUUCAGGUCUCUGUGCCUGAAUGUCACCUUUCAGCAGACCUCCCUCACCGCCUGCUCUAGGACAGCACCCGUCACUCUUUGCCUUGCUUUGAUUCUUCUUAGCUCUUCCUGGCUCGUAUCACAUCCCUCACCAAAAUGCAGGCAGGGCCUCGUUUUGUUUACUGAGCAAUGCCUGUCACCUGAUCCGUGCUCCAGAAAGAGUUGUUAAAUGAAUGAGUGAGUGAAUGCGUGGCUGACGAGACUCAAUGGUGAAGAUACUUCUUCAAAGCCAUAUGGGUCAUGGUGUACAAGCCAGGACAGAAACCAAGGUCUGCCCACUUUGCCUCGGCUAGAGCCUGCAUCUGUGCUCAGGGGGAGGCCACACUGUCGAGCUGACCUCUCACUCCCCUGCAGGGUACUCCGACCUAUUAAUCUGGGGCAAAGAAAUCGAGUUUCAGGACCCGCUUGCCAGCCAUCCCUGGCUGCAGUCACACCAGAAGCCAGCUGGAGGAGAGCUGUGUGAACACCUCUAAAGAACAGACGUGGUAUUUACGUGGCUCUGGUCGCACAAAGCAGCCCCUGCUUUUGAUUUGCCCGUCCUGACCCCGACCGUCCGCAGGUGAUAGAGUAGGUUCAGAAAGACGGAUGGAGUCUCACUCACCCUGGGGAAACAAAGAAGAUACCGUGGGCUCUCGGAGCCACGCAGGCUAGGGACGGCCAUUGCCAGCACCUCAUAAAUAUUCUCCAGGAGCCCACAUGUAAGCUGGCCUGGUGGGCAGCAGGGAGCAGGGGUUUUCAGAGAAAUGUCUUUGCUGAGGAUAGAUUCUACUAUUUGGUCAUGCAAAGAAGAAAUGACACGAUGAGAUAGAUGCCAGGUGAUUUAAAUCUCUCGUCCUCAACCCUGUGUGUUGACCCCAUUUGGGGUCUCUUGGCUCAUGGACCAGAUUUGUGGCGUCCAAGGCAGUAGCCACUAGCCGCAUGCUGCUUCUGAGCCCUUGAAGUGUGGCUAAUCCAAAACUGACAUGUGCUCGAGAUCUAAAAUGCACACCAGACUUCACAGACUUAGUGGGGGGGGGGGGGUGGAUAAAGUAAAAUAGCUCAUUAAUUAUUUUUUAUACUGAUGAUGUUGAAAUGAUAAUCUUUUGGUUGUAGUGAGUUCAUAUACUAAUCUAUUUUCACAUAUUUUUAAAUUCAUUUCACCUGGUUUUUUUAUUUUAAAAAUGCGACUACUGGAAAGUGGAAAAUUAUGUAUGUGGCUCACACUGUACUUCACCUGGACAGCACUGAGCUAGAAUGCUUUGGACCAUCCCACGAUUCCCUCCAUAGUCUCUGAUAACUUGGGUUUUCCAAGUUACUUCAUGCUUAUUGGAAUACCCACAGGUAUUUGUGUCUCUGGAGGAGGUGUUCUCUGUGCCUAAAGCUAUAAUGCCCUUCUUGCUUUUCAUCCCAGCAUUAAGUCAUUUGGCUUGGAAUCAAGUGGAGACAUUGAGGUCUGGGUGGCUCAGAGAAAGCCUAGCUUGCCCGUGUUGUGGGAGGUUGGCUCUCUUUCUCCACAUCUUCCUGUUGUGGCUGAAUCUGCUAGAGUGAGUUGUUCUUGAAACAGCGUGGCCCAUAUAGGUUCUGUGUAGGCUUCAGCAACUUGACCCCAAGCUGUGGUCUGCAAAUAACUGUCAGCCGCAUCCUGCUUCACCCAGAGGGAUUGGGGAAAACAGCCCGUGAAGGAGAGAAUAGUAUUUUAUGGAGGAGAAAUGCAAGGACCUGCUUGGCUCAUGUGCCUGGAACACAGAAUCUGAGUCGGUGUUAGUCUACCCUGACAUCCCCUAUGGGACUGGCCAGCAGGAUCUGGAUGCUCUUAGGAGACACGUAGAGGCUUCACAUUCCACCUACAGGAAGAUCGGCCUCACACUCCCUGUAACUUCUGCCUCUGUGACUGCAAAACACCUUCCUAAGGUGCUUCCUUAAGUUCUGAACCCUGCAGCAUGGAGCAUGUCACACAUAACCUGGGUGGGAAGCUGUCCUCGGGGUUCCGGAGAAGCUGUGAGCACCUAUCCUGUAUGGAGAUGAAACUAGCUAUGGGGUUAGGGUGAUGGCUAUAUUAUGGAUGAUUUUUUUUUUCUCUUCUUGAAGUAUGCUUUUAACCCACUGCGUAUUUCUUUUUAAAAACAAGUCAUAGGCACAUGCCUGUGCGCGGAUCCUACAGAAAUCCUAAAGACAACGCAGAUUUGCUUAAUUGUUGCACAGCACUAACAUCACAUGGGAGACACACGUGAUAGGUCCUAACGCAACUGUGUGGUUUGGGUGGCCUUCGAGACUUCGCAGGAACUGUGUGAAUACAGAGGAUCCACGGACAGCCAGCCUGGGCCACAGACUUGUGGAUCCACGGAGUGCACUCUGAGUUGCUCUGGGUUGAAUGGGAAGGUAGAGAAGAUGUCUGUGUUUUGUUUUGUUUUGCUGUAUAUAGAUAUAUUUUUUAAAAUUAUUUAUUUAUUUUAAAAAGUUGGAAUCCAAGUUAGUUAACAUCUGGUGUAAUAAUGGUUUCAGGAAAAGAAUUUAGUGAUUCCUCACUCACAUAUAACACCCAGUGCUCAUCCCAACAAGUGUCCUUCUCAAUGCCCCUCGCCCUUUCAGUCCUUCCCCUCACCCACCACCCUUCCAGCAACCCUCAGUUUGUUCCGUGUAUUUAAGAGUCUCUUAUGGUUUGUCUCCCUCUCUGUUUUUAUAUUAUUUUUGCUUCCCUUCCCAUAUGUUCAUCUGUUUUGUAUCUUAAAUUCCACAUAUGAGUAAAGCCAUGUGAUAUUUGUCUUUCUCUGACUGACUUAUUUCACUUAGCAUAAUACACUCUAGCUCCAUCCACACUGUUGCAAAUGGCAAGAUUUCAUUCUUUUUGAUCGCCGAGUAAUAUUCCGCUGUAGAUAGAUAGAUAGAUAGAUAGAUAGGUAGAUACCACAUCUUCUUUGUCCAUUUAUCAGUGUAUGGACAUUUGGGCUCUUUCCACACUUUGGCUAUUGUCAAUAGUGCUGCUAUAAACAUGGGGGUGCAUGUGCCCCUUUGAAAUAGCGCACCUGUAUCCCUUGGAUGAAUAGCUAGCAGUGCAGUUGUUGGGUCGUAGGGUAGCUCUAUUUUCAAUUUUUUGAGGAACCUCCAUGCAGUUUCCAGAGUGGUUGCACCAGCUUGCAUUCCCACCAGCAGUGCCAGAGGGUUCCUCGUUCUCCGCAUCCUUACCAGCAUCUGUUGGUGCCUGAGUUGUUCAUUUUAGCCACUCUGACAGGUGUGAGGUAGUAUCUCUUUGUGGUUUUGAUUUGUGUUUCCCUGAUGAUGGGUGAUGUGGAGCAUCUUUUCAUGUGUCUGUUAGCCACGUGGAUGUCUUCUUUGGAAAGUUGUCUAGUCAUGUCUUUUGCCCAUUUCUUCACUGGAUUGUUUGUUUUUUGGGUGUUGAGUUUGAUAAGUUCUUUACAGAUUUUGGAUACUAACCCUUUAUCCGUUAUGUCACUUGUAAACAUAGAAGACAUCUGCCAUAGUCUAAAGGGGUCGUCUUCAGGAGAAGUCUUUGAAAUCUUCUUUUACCCAAACACCCAAGAUUUCUCACCUUGUUUUAAAUUGCUUAACACCUGCAAGGCAUUUUGGGAAACUGCUGGCGGUAUUUUUAAAGCAGUGUUCACUGAACCCACAAAAAUAGAACGGGAAGAGUCAAGAGCUUAUGUCCCAAGGGGAAAAGAGAGGACAAGGCUGCAGGGUCCAUGUCACCUUUGCUGCGGCCUCCCCUGCCAUGGCUUUCUGCCAUCCUGAGAGGGAGAUGCUCUGAGUUACGCUCUUUGAGCCAGCACCUCCUCCUGCUCUGUAGUGGCCACCCCAGGCCCCCUCAUCACCUGUCCUAGUGCUAUCAGCUGCCUGCGGGCCCCAACCCCACGUCAGCUGUAAGUGCAGGUCUCAAUACAAAUUAGCAGCCGUGCAGGCAAGAUGAGUGGCCAAAUCUCUUCCCCUCCAUCCGUGCGCCCCUCCCCCUCCCUCUUGUUUUCACUGGGCCUCUUCACAGGCGCCAGCUGCCUCACCGAGAGCAGCCUGUAGGCUGGGCUUCGCCAGUACCCACCCUUGGCAGUAGCUGUCAAGCCCGAUGGCUGCAUGUAAGGCGUGUGCUGUCUGGUGGAGACUCAGCGCCCAAGAGCUUGAGAAUGGAGGGCAGCGUGGCAGGCCGGAGGUUAAAGGCAUGGCUCUCCUUCCUUUUCCCCCUGGGCGCUCGGAGGGCAAGUGUGGUGGACCAGGGAGAUGCCAGGCUUCUCUGAGGGCCCCCCUAGAGGAGGGGUCUGGGACUGAGGACAGGGCCUCAUUCCAGAGGAGAAGCACCCACGAGUGGGCGGCCAGACAGCUUGCCUUGUAUUGCCAGGGAGUAGGUGCAUCCAGAGUGGCGGGGCGGGGAAGGAGCGAGGAGGAAGCAGAACUAGAACUUACGUGGAGGUUCCAUCUACCGUUCGGCCCCCAGUGGUCACCCCGGCAAGAGAACCCCGGUCCUGGCUGUGCUUCUGAUGUCCUCUUCUGGGAGCCGGCCGAUCCUGUGACCUGGGCACCCACCUUCCCGGCAGGUGCUCAUCUUAGGGCUCAUGGCUCCUCUUUUCACCAGGUGCCUUUUACCAAAUGUUUCCUCUUUUCGCAUUUAUUUUUCCCUAUUCCUGGCGCCAAGGCCCGGCCCUGCCAUCGGUGGCUAUGGCAUAAAGGGUUGCUCCACUUUGGCAAUUUCUGUGGCUCUGACUUUUCACCCCUGCACGGCAAGAGGUCAGUUUUUAGCUCAGAAAUCACCAGCGGCCCAGCUGACAGGGGAAAUCAGUUUUUGAAUCUUGUCUCCCUGAUAUUGCCGAUGGGGGGCACGGCCUACGGAAGAGCACCCACUCUUCCAUCAUGCCCGCCCCCAGUUGGAUGUUGCUCUCCUCCCCGAAAGUUCUCUCACCCCUGCCCAUGGCCCUUGCACUCAAGCAUCCGGCAGAGGAAGCGCAUGCUCUGGCCACCCCACCCUCUGCCACGGGGUUCCCAGCCAAUGAAAACGUCGCUCCCUUGGUUGAAGGCCAACUUAAUCCUGCAAACUCCCACUGCACUUGGGUUGUUUCACAGUGGACAAGUAUGUUGGGAAAGGCCGCCAGGCCGCGGCGGCGUGCGUGUGCAUGUGUUUUGGGGAUGUGCACGUGUCUGUGUGUGUGUGCACGCGUGUACUCGUGGGCGCGUGUGUGUGAGUGCGCGCACGCGCCUUCCUGCGGUUAGCCAUGAGGAGGGUGGGGGACCCGGCGAGCUUGGCCAGAGCUCCGCUCAGACACAGGACCAGGGUCUUUCUGGGACUGCUUCCGGACGGGCCAAGUCCUUCAACAGCAGAAGCUAAAGGGCCAAACUGGUGAAAAGCCCUGAUGUGCUACUGCCUCUCCGCAGACUGCCAUGGGGACAUUAAACCUUCAACAAUCUGGGGCUCUGACGGCUGGUUCUUGGUUCUCUGCCUGGAAAAACAGUAGGCGAAUAGUAAAACCUUAAAUUCUAACAUGUGUAAGUUAUACAUCUUAUUUUCAUUUUCAGCCCAUGUUCCCCUCUGUAAGACAUCAGGAAAAAAUUACCGUCUGACUUCUAAUAUCUCAGUGGAGCAUUUAUCUCCCAGCUAUGAUAAGUGAUCUUCAAUAUUUUUUUCCUUUCAGAUUAAGAGACAAAUUCAUUUAAUUGUCUUUUAUUGGAUGUGCUCUGGCCCCCCUGCCCUGCCUGGGCCCCCAGCCCCCACCCCUGCCCCCUCCCUUCCCCCCGCCCCCCAACCCCAGGCCGUUACUCCCUUCCUCUGUGUUAGGGACUGCUCUCCCAGCCUCUGGAGGUGCCGCCACUGGCCGCGGGAUGGGCGAGGCCCUAUCUGGCACGACCUAGCUCCUUCAGUCCUCAUGAUGGUUGGUCCCUGCCCAAAGCAGAGUGAGGAGGGCAGUGGCCAGGCCCCUGGGAAGCCUGGAGUCGUUCUGCGGCCCAAGGUUGGGCAGCUGUAAUCUGAACCUUAUCUGAACUCCUUGGUCCGAAGGCCUGGUUUGGAGCUCUUGAGAGAACUGGCUGUCUCCCAGGUCCGAUGCUUCCUGCGCUGUGCAACCACGGCUGCAGCCUCUCCAGGGCUUUCCAGUUGUCUCCUUUGGUCCUGCUGCUGCCGGAGGGGCUGAAGGGAAGCUAGGUCAGGGCAGGACCGCACUUCCCCCAGGCACACUGGGAGGGGCCGCGAUGCUGGGCUGGCGGGGUAUGUGGAGCGUUCUGCUGGCCCGCUCCCGGGCACGGGUGGCCACAAGUGGAGUGUCGGCUUAGAUCUCCAGACGGCUGCUCAUUGCUGAGCUGGCGCCAGGGAACAGGCUCCCUGCACCCAUGUUGCAACACACCAGGUGCUAACUGGGCUCCGUACAUCCAGACGGAGUUGGAUGUCUUUUGCCUUUUGCACUUCCUUCUGGUUCUUCCGUGAGCGUGGCAUCCAGGGCUGCAAAAGGCCACAAAGGCCACAGCCUUUCUAUCAGGUUAAAGUUCUUGGAUUCUAUUCCUUCUUCAUGAAGCCACCAGCCUGUGUGUGUGUGUGUGUGUGUGUGUGUGUGUGUGUGUCUGUGUGUUAAAGUAAGCUCUGUGGAAUGCCUGCAUGGCUUAGUCGGUUAAGCAACCAACUCUUUCAGCUCAGGUCAUGAUCUCAUGGUUAAUGGGAUCAAGCCCCAUGUCGGGCUCUGUGCUGACAGCACAGAGCCUACUUGGGAUUCUCUCUUUCCUUCUCUCUCUGCCCCCCCACCCCGACUUGUGCUCUCUCUCUCUCUCUGUCUCUGUCUCUCAAAAUAAAUAAAUUAAUUUGAAAAAAUAGGGGUGCUUGAGUGGCUCAGUUGGUUGAGCAUCCAACUCUUGAUUUUGGCUCAGGUCAUGAUCACAGGGUCAGGGGAUUAAGCCCCACGUCAGGCUCUGUUCCUGACAGAAUGAAGCCUGCUUGGGAUUCUCUCUCUCCCUCUCCCUAUGCCCCUCUCUUCCUCACACUCUUUCUCUCUCUGAAAAUAAGCAUUAAAAAAAUGAAAAAAUAAAGUAAGCUCUAUGCUCAACGUGGGAUUCAGACUCAGGUCCCAGAGAUCAAGAGUCACAUGCUCUACCACCUGAACCAGCCAGGCACGCCCAUAUGGGUGUUUUGAUGGAAAAGCUUAACACCAAAGACCUGAGUCCUGCUCAGGUCACACUAGCUGUGUGACCCUGGGCCAGUCACCUCACCUCUCAGUUUCCUUAACCAUAAAGAGGAGAUAUGAACCGUUGGAUGGGUAUUGGGAAGUUAAAAUAGAACCGGGUACAAGAAAUGCAUCAAAAUCAUAUAUGUACAGUAGAAAUACUUCACUCAGCAAACAUUGAUCACUCGUCUCCUACAGAAGGCAUUACGUAAGACGUUGAGGUUUAAAGGAGGAAGUACUGUCAAUCUCUCAGGAAACUCCCAAUCCAGCGGGGGAAGAGGACCCGCUAAGCUAACAAUCACCCAGCGUGACCAGAGCUAGAACCAUGGCAGAAACAGAGUGCCGGCGUGGGGGUGGGAGGCGGAGGCCUACCUGGGGGCCAAGGCCAGGGCAAGUGCUGUUGGAGCACAGGUUGCCUGGCAACAAGGCUAAAAAUGUCAGCUGCCGUCAGAUUGGGAGGGCUGUGAUGCGGUCCUGAGAAGUCCAGACUCUAGUCUGAGGCCAGUAGGGAGCUGCCAAAAGUUUUUAAGUGCCAUAAUUAUAGGAUUGGGCUGGGAUUUGAAAACCCUGGUGGCGGCGUGGAGGAUAGAAAUAAGGCAGCAGCAGCGUUGCACCAAGUGGGGCUGGGAAAUGGCGCCAUGAUUGUCUGCCCACGCUGUGCUGAUGGCAGCCGGAGUGAUGACUUCCUCUGGGCUUUGUGUCCU